AUGGGUCCCGGUAGAUGUAUGAGGGGCAAAAUCGAGAAAAAUGGGGCUGAAACGUGCGCAAGCAUCCCCAGGAUGAACAACGCAGUCGCUGCUGGCUUGCCAUUGCUUGAUCUUGGAGACAUGAUUUAUAGGAUUUUCUGGGUCCAUGCUCAGCAGAUCCAAAUUGAUGCCGCAACGUACCUUGCAUUUCAAUCACCUGCCAUGGUCAUCGGAUCCUCUGGCAGUAACACCCAGCAUCAAAGGCCGCAGCACCUUCUCAUCAUCUCUGCCUUCGGAAACACCAAUGGGUGCUCUCAGCAUUGCAAUGAGAAGGACGGGGAACGGGGGACUGUGUUUGGAGAGGAGAUUAGGGGUGAUAGAUUCCCGCCAGGCAUGAAUAAGGUAAGGCACGAAGCGAAAUUCGAUUUCCUCUACGUUCGCAAGCUCCAAGGCAAACGUGCUCGUGGGGGAGCCAUGGGUAGAGAAAGCGAGGCCGAUAGAUGGGAAGACGUCGAAGAAUGUCGGGGGGUCACGGAGAAAGACAAGGAUGUGGAGGAUACGAAUGCGGAUGUUGGUGGUGAGCCCGAGUCCGGAUUUGAGCCAGUGACGCCUGUAUCCGGCGUGAAAGAGCUUGGAGUGGGUUACCAUUCCAUCCAACCCUAG